CUGUCGUGGUUGUCGUAUCUUGUUUUGAAAUUCAAGUGAGGAAGAUUAAAGCAUUUUGUUUGUGCCUUUAAGGAUUGCCACUCACUGCCUGCCUUUUCUGUUUGACCUGACUGGAAUUACAGCCCCGCGGAUCGUUCGCUCAACGAUGGAGGGAGAACGUGUUUGAGUUCCGACAUUAAUAGGCCGGGGAUAGAUGCGAUGAUUUCCGUGAGCCGCCACGAGGAACGAGAUCAAAAGCGUGCUCCGGAGCUCAGAAAAUCCACAGGUCUACAAAAGUUUACGCUCAGGAGCAGCAGGUUUUUACAUUAUAUCGUAUGCAAGUGGCUGCCUGAGUGGGUAGAGAUUCAAGUACAGAAAGAUUCCAAAGGCAUGCCUUCAGUUCAAAUAUAGUCUGAUGUUUUCGGAUUGAAUUGGUCCAUUAUUUUGUGACAACAUGGAGGCUGAUUCCAAGAAACCUGCCACUGACUCCCUGAGGCUUAAGAAGGAUAUCUCCUUGUUGCAUGGAAUUUGCCUGAUUGUUGGAAAUAUGAUUGGAUCAGGUAUCUUUGUUUCUCCCAAAGGAGUUCUGAUAUUCAGUGGUUCCUACGGCCUUUCGUUGAUUAUCUGGGCAAUGGGAGGAGUAUUCUCUGUGUUUGGAGCACUAUGCUAUGCAGAACUUGGAACAACCAUAAAGAAAUCUGGUGCAAGCUAUGCGUACAUACUGGAGUCAUUUGGAGGUUUUCUGGCAUUUCUGCGUCUCUGGACAUCUCUGCUGAUUGUUGAACCAGCAUGCCAAGCUGUCAUCGCCAUCACAUUUGCCAAUUAUCUGAUUCAACCAUUCUUUCCUUCCUGUGACCCACCUUAUUCCGCUGUGCGAUUGUUAGCUGCCUUUUGCAUAGGUCUGCUGACAUUGGUAAACUGUGCCAAGGUGAAGUGGGGAGCAACUGUCCAGGUGGUGUCCACAUUUGCUAAAGUGAUUGCCUUGAUCAUCAUCAUCAUAGCUGGGCUGGUGAAGCUUUGUCAAGGAGAAACGGAUAAGUUCCAAAAUUCCUUCCAAGGCUCCAAAUUGAACGGUGGGGACAUGGCCCUGGCUCUGUAUUCGGCAUUGUACUCUUACUCCGGUUGGGAUACUCUUAACUUUGUGACGGAAGAGAUCCAGAACCCUGAAAGGAACCUACCCUUAGCCAUUGCUAUUUCUAUGCCUCUUGUAACGGGUAUCUACAUCCUAACAAACGUGGCUUAUUAUGCUGUCCUGGAUAUUCCUACCAUCCUGCACAGUGAUGCUGUGGCUGUGACCUUUGCAGAUCAAGUUCUGGGUUACAUUAAAUGGCUCAUACCAUUGUCCGUAGCUAUAUCUUGUUACGGUGGCCUUAAUUCAUCGAUCAUUGCAGCCUCCAGACUUUACUUUGUUGCCUCACGUGAAGGCCAUCUACCCAGUGUGCUCUGUAUGAUCCAUGUUUUUCGAUAUACCCCGAUUCCAGCCCUGUGUUUUAAUGGAGGGAUGGCUUUAAUCUAUCUCUGCGUAGAAGAUAUUUAUAACCUCAUUAACUACUUCAGUUUUAACUAUUGGCUGUUCAUUGGCCUGUCAGUUGCCAGCCAGAUUUACUUGAGAUGGAAGUUCCCAGAUCUGCCACGACCUGUAAAGCUCAGCUUAUUUUUUCCGAUUGUCUACUGCCUGUGCAGCUUGUUCCUCGUGGUGAUGCCCCUCUACAGCGACACCAUUAACUCCCUAAUUGGGAUUGCAGUUGCACUCUCAGGAGCUCCAGUCUACUUUUUCUGUGUAUAUCUCCCCUCUGAGAAGCGACCCAAGAGCCUUAAAAAAUUAUUACAUAUCUCUUCUUUGCAAACUCAGAAGUUGACGAUGUGCUGUCUAACAGAAGAUGAGGUUGGAGACGACAAGGAAUCUUAACCAAAAUCUACUGAAAACUGUUCCAGAUACAUGACACAAGACAUCGUUCAUGCAGAUAUCGAACCCUGCUGUCAUUAAAACUAUGUGACACAUCACUUGAAUCUGGCAGACUUAAAACUUGACAAUCAAAAUGCUGCAGCCUACACUAUUGGAAUAUUUCUCUUGUAUUGAUGGGGAUUUUUUUCAGCAUACCACCGUCUACCCUUUUUAUAGAAGUAAAUAGCAGUCUCAUCAUAAAUAUUGGUGCUUUUAUUUUGAACUGUCGAUUUUCAUCCUGCCAUGGAGAUUUUUGACAUUAGUCACUCUGAGUUGCCAAAUGUGAUGGGAAAUGUUCUGGAGGGGUGUGAAAGCCACUUCUGAGCUGCCAAAUAUUGGGAAGACACAAUUAAGCUGGGAAAAUAGAUUCCAUGGUCUGCAACAUUGUCUGUAGGAAUCGGGAAGCUCUAUAUUGAUUCCUCUUCCUUUCUGAAGUUGCACCCCUUGUUGUUUUGAGGUGGAGUUCCUCUCCAGAUUAUUUCAGGCCACAGUCUAUGGUUCACAUGAGAGUGACCCAACUUCUGGGUCUCCACAGCAACAUGAAGAUCGACAUUGAAUGGUGACUUUUAAAAUAUUAAAUGAAGAACACCUGACUCAAUUUUCCUUGCUUGUUUUAACAAAUGAACUUUUGAUUUAAAUCUGAAUCUGUUCAGUCUGGAGUGGGUCUAUCCAGGAUGUUGUCACUGCCUGGUUCUCCCUGCAAUUUUCAGAAAGUUUUGUUUUUUAAAAAAAUACCAGCGUUAGAAGAAGCUUCAAGCCACUGUUGUAGAAUGAUGCUAGAAAAUGUCAAGCAGUAGAAAAUUCUGAUCCAACAUCCAAUUAAAAUGACCAGGGGAAGAGCUUCAAAUAGCAGAGCAGCAGAUUUGCACAAAUGUGUUCAGUUAAUGCAUUCCAGCAAAAAGGGGAUUGUGUGUAUUAAUUGAAGAUAGCUGGUUAGAUGAAAGAGAAAAAUGUUUACAAUGAGCAAAAUAUCCCUUGCUUGAAAUUUUUAAGUAAACUUAAAAUAUUUUCACAUUAUAAAUCAUCAAUUGAAAAUCACUGCCUGAUCAUGUACUUGCCCAAUGCUCAAAUAGGUUCACUUUCCAUCAGGAAUCACUGGACUUUGAUCAGGACAAGAAAGCUUGGCUGACUUUCCUCUUACUUGGCACCAGGGCCUCUGAGGUAUAGUUACAGUCCCACUGAAGUCUACUAAUUUAGCACCAUGAUUAGGAUAAUUAAAAACGGGGAAAUUAUUCAAAACAUAUUGUUUCAAGUUUGAGAGGACCUAUAUUUGUGUAGGACCUAGAAUAUUUCUGCUUAAUGAAGUAGCAGUUGGGUUUAAGGCUGUCAGGAAUGUUACAGUGGCAGGGCUCAACAGAUUAUGAACAGUAUUUGACCUCUGGGCGAAUGUAGUAACUACUAUAUCUGAAAUAAUGUGAGUUUUAAAAUAAAAGUCCUGUUGUGCUAUUGCUCAAAUAAUUUUUUAUCUUCAACAUUUAAACGGUUUACAGAUCCAUUUGCACCUAUUCUGUAACAGGCAGAGAACUUAUGAGCUGCAAUAGGAAACUGUUAGUGGUAGUGAAUUGUUCUGUCGUUCAGAGAGCUGUGCAAGUACAAGCUUUUGGACCAAAUGGACUAUUCAUUUUCUGUGUGUUCAGUUACAAUUUUACAACUCAGGUACUGUAGAGCCACAGCUAACACCAAUUUCCUUCCUGUGUGACCCAUUUGUGUUACACGCAACCGCCACUGCCUGCACUGACUCCCUGCAAUCUACUUCAGUAUAGCUUUGAUGCAAGUUGGUUUCACUGAUCUCAUGACAGUUGUUGGUUUGAAGAUUCAUGUGUUCUUGUCAUUGUCCUCUGAGCACCAUGAUCAAGUUGAGUUCUCAACUUCACUUGCCCACCUUGGUAAUACAUCAUCUAAUCAUGCACUUUUUGUUGACCCAAAGGAAAGUGACUUUGAUUUGUCAUCCCAUCCACUCCCAUCCUUAUCAGAAACAGGUAUAAAAUGGGUAACAUGCAGUUUGAGUUCAGUGUGUUUAUGCCUGAUCAGAAACUCCCUCUGCUGGUGUCUUGAACUAUAUAGACCCUGCCAUGCAUUAGGCUGGGUAAAUUGUGUGACUCAUAAUCAAAAUAUUUGGAACAAUUCAUUGACAGUCUUGAGUUGCAGUGGAGAUUUCUUCUCUAAUUGUUUGCAGGCAAUUUUUAAAACACGUGAUCUCGGGUUUUCUGUCUCACCUCUGUUAUUCUGUACCUAAGUUGUGAACCAAUAGAGCUGCUGCUUUUUGUAUUGUAAUACAUUUAUUUUACUGACACUGGUUUCAGAACCCAGGAAAAUUAGACAAGAUUAUUCUUAAUAGUUAAUGAUUUUAAGAAUUUAUUACAAUCUUUUGUUACGUAAUUGUACCUUCAUUGUAGGUUUACCUGAUUACAGAUGGUUGUAACGUUUUUUUGUGACUAUGUAAUUGUGAACAAAUAGUAGUAAAAAAUUGUAGCAGCAUACAAAUGCAUUGUGUCUUGAGUAUUAAAACGGUACUACAAUGCCAAGCUGUUGGUAUUUAAAACAA